AUGAAAUACAACAUAAGACCUGUUCUAGUAGAUGUUGGAGAAGAAAAGAAGACGUUUUUAAUUUGGGGUUUUGAUCUGAAGGCAGCUCAAACAUUGAACACAGAAGCUGAUAGUGGUACAAAACCUGUUUCAACUACAAUGGACCUGGAACUUGUGAAGUUUAUCAACUCAGAUCUUACAUGGAAUGCUGUUAAAAAGGGCCAUAGGAGCAUGAUGAGGCGCCCAAGGAAGCCAGCAGCAAGCAGUUCAGCCAUUAAAAUGCAGGAAUCUGUAGCUUUUGAUUAUGAGAAGUCUGGUGUAGCCAUUCUUGGUCAACACUUUGGUGAAGAAGUAGUUGAUGUUCCUAUAAAGAAAAGAAUUCUUAUGCUUCAGUCUCCAUCUCUCAGCAAUGAAAGGGCUAAUAGGUCAACUCAACCUCAUCCUCCCUCUCCUCAUCAUGAGAAACAAGAGUGUCAUUCAAUGAAGUCAAAACUGAUAGAGAAACAGAUUCCUGAUCUUAAUGACUUCUUUGGUAUAGAACUUCUUGCAGCUGCUGCAUGCCAUACCUCUGUUUAUGACACCCCUACUCCCAUGGAGUCUUCUGCAGUCGAAGAACACACAACAACAAAAAUUGUUGAAUCAUACACCGAAGGUGUAAUUGUAAAAGACGAUAUUGCCCCUGUUGACUCAGAUGAUUCAUCAGUUCAAGAUAACACAUUCCCAGUUAUUAUUACAAACGAUAAUGGGAAUAGUGAGGGUGAUAAAACAUCUGUUCCUUCAAAAGAUGUUAGGUUGCAUUGGGAUUUGAACACUGUAAUGGAUGAAUGGGAAGAACCCUGUUGUGAUAUUCUUGUUGAUCCUCAUUCUGAAAAAGGGUAUCUAAAAGAUGAUGAUUCACAGAAUGAAACUAGAAAUUCUCAACAGGUGAAAUCAGAUGCAAUAGACAAGUCUGAAGGUAUUCAGGCUGUUUCUGAAGUAGUACAAGGUGGAUCAUGUCAAGAUGAUAAGGUUUCUUCAGAAGAUCGUCUCAGUGAUUGCUGUGGGUCAAACAAAGUCAAAGCAGGAGGAGGCUAUGAUUCUCCUGUUGAAGAUGGUGAGUUAAGAGACACGUGGCAAAAGAAUGAAGUGGAAGAAAUGGAGUGUGUAGACUAUGAAUCAGAUAACAUAUAUGAAGAUAACUUUGAUGCUAUUGAAUCAGUUAACAAUGAAGUCAUUGAAUCACUCCCCAACAAUGAAAUCGAACAAGAUGAUAAGAAAAACAUCCCAAGUAUAUCAAAUCAGCUUCCGGAACCUUCCAAAUCAGAAGAAAAGUGUAGAACUUCGUCUUUUGGUGUUCAUAGAAACAGAUCUGAAAACUUUCAAGAUUCUUAUUCAAGGGGUAAGAGGGAUUUUGGUCAAGAAAAGUCAACGGGAAGAGAUGGAGUAUCUUACCAUGGUUGGGAUUCAAGAAACACUCAGAAUCACAGGUACUCUAAUAACAGGCCAAAACAUGUGAUUGGAGGUUACAAUCAAAGAUCCAGUUCUUACAAGACAUUUAACACAAAACCAGAAAGAAAUGAAUCAUAUGGUGUUUAUAGUCGUGAUAGAGUUAAAGGUGGAUUAGGGUUUCAUCAACAAGGUUCAAGAAGAGGUGAAGACUACAAUGGUCAUGAUCAAGAAAGAAAAGUCUCUUCCUUUUCUCCAAAUUUCACCCGUGGGCCCCAUCUUUCAAGAUCUAGAAGACGAUCUAGGUCAAGAUCAAGGUCAGAGUCUCCAAUUGCAUGGAAUUUUCAGAAGAAAAGCAAAGUGGAUACAAAAAGAGAAAGAGAAAGAGAAAGAGAAAGCCCAGAUCAUAUUCAUAUUCAUAAGACUGAUAAAUACAAUAGCAACAUCAAUGGUGAAUCAAGAGAUAGGAAUAAUCUUGGAAGAAUGAAGUCAUCAAAUGAUCAUUUUUACCCUACUUUUUCACGUUCAGGAAGGUAUCCACCACAAGGAAGUGGUCAAUAUGAUGAAAAAUACGGAGGGCGUUUUCGGUAUUAUCAUAAAGAUAAUGGGUUCAGAUACACUCGUAAUGAAAAUAGGUACUUCAAAGAUCCAGUUGGAGAUGGAGUGGAAUGAUUGCUUCUGAUUCACAAGGGGAUUAUUAGUUGGUAUAUAAGAGACUUUUUUUUCUUUUCUUAAUUGUUGAUCCUCUUGUUUUCUUUACUAUAACUUUUUUUUUUUUUGAGUACUUUUAGAACUUGGUAGGGGUAUUUAGGACAAAUUUUCGUAUUGUCUUCUGAGUUUCUGUUCUUAUUGUAAUAUGUGAAAUUGAGAAAAUUAAUCACACAAGGCAGAACUUUAUUUUCUUAAAAUACUUCUACUUUUCUUCUUUACACACACAAUGCAAACUUCAAUUCAAGAAAGAAAGGUAUAUUUCAUUAUAUUCUAAAACUUUUUUUUACAUAAUGUUAUAUAAUUUAUAAAGAAAUAUUCCCAUUUCUUUCACCAGGUAAAGCUGAUAGACUGAAAAACGAAUUUUUUUGACAACUCAGAUGAGCAAAUCGCUGCCACGUCAUCCCUCAUCAUCUUUGGACCACUUACAAGAACUCCAAUUCUAGAUCCUUCACAUUUUUUAACAUUAGUAGAAGCCCCGAUUAAAGAUUCAUAAGGAAGACUUUCCAUCUCUCUAUCCUCAUUAUAACACCAAGAACUCAAACCUGGAGACGCCAAUGGCGAGGGUAAAUCCGUAAUUUGAAUCUGCCCCAUUUCUUUCAAAUUCCUUCUCUUGUUCCACAGAAAAGCGAUAGAUACAGUUAUAGAUAUAGCUGUACAUAUAAACACCAUACUACAAACCGACCUUAUAGAAUACGAAUAUAUCAUAUUUGUACCCUUAUCAAUCGGGUAUAUAUAAAAUCUUGUGAAAAGCGCGAUAAACACAAGGGAAAUGAUAAAAGAGAACACAAUUAUCAUUCCCAACCAAAUCCAGUUAUUUUGCCCUAAAAUUGGAGAAAUCGGUGCAUCAAGGGGAUUCGGUUUGAACCAUAUUGUUCUGUGAAGGUGUUGUUCUUCAGUUGUGUGCCCUAUUUCUUGUGUUACAUAAGGGCAGAUUUGUAAUUUCAAGCGAGAUAUAUCAAGUGUAGUGGGUGAAAUAGGAAGGAUAAGUUGUAGCAUCGCAAGAUCUUCAGAUUUUUUGAAAGAUGGGAUAAGGAGAAUUUGUGGUGUGUUGUUGUUGUUGUUGUUGUUUUCCAUGUGAAGAAGCUCACGAAUUAUGGAGAUAAAUGGAGUGAUCCCACUUCCACCACUAAACAUCACAAGCUUGUCAUACCUGUG